UUUGCUACUGUGUUAGGCUGUAGCAGUUGGUAUAGUUCUUCCUAUAAGCCCCACUUUCCACUACACGUGCAAUUUUAUCUCUUACACGUGUGUGUACGUGUGUGUGUGUGUCUCUUUCUCUCUCUCUCCCGGGCGGUCACGAGAACGUCGAGAACGGACGUGAGGUUUGGCGCCAACAUAACCUCGAUCUGCGAACCGCAAGAACGGUUUUUAAAUGCGACUUUCACCGAUGAUAUUUCGGUAGCUCGCCUGAGAAAUGAAGGAGCUAGAGGAAGCCAAUUGCGAGAUUCGCAGGAUCGUGAAACUUCAAUUUCCUGUAUCAAACUGGUUGAGGAACUUGGAGUACGGUCAGUCUACGAACCUCCAAGAGCACGACGUUGACGAUUGCCGUGGAGGAUUUCUGCAUAAUGCAACAUACGCGUGGCUAAGUUACGGUUGCCACUUGACAGUCUUCAAUGCGAAAACAGGAGAAAGCGUUAGCAGUUGGACAUUUCGUGGGGUUGUAACAUCCGUUUCUCAAUUUCCUGCGCAAUCUGGAGAAUUUCCAUUGCUGCUGAUUGGAAUAGAUAAUUGUGCGACCAAACUGAAAGAUUCCUCUGGUUUGUUAUGUAUAUUCGACUGUACUACGUCUCGUGUCUUGAGAGCUAUUCGAAUGCCGUGCGGGAUAGAACAAGUAUGCGUUGUAGCGGGUGGUGCAGAAUGGGAGGAAUUCAAUGAUAAGAGACCCGAUAAUGUGCUAAGUGAAAUGGACGGAAUGGCCUGUGUAGCUUUGCGUAAUCUUCAUCAUAUCAUGAUUGAUCUCCGGAGGACCGUAUGGGAUACGCAUGAUUCGUCGGUUGUUAUGGACGAAACGUCGCCAGCAGAGAUAGACUUUUCACCGAUGAAACAAAUUAUCGGUAGACGUCAGUCCAUUCGAGAAAAGCAUGCAGCUUAUAAUUUGCUCAACAACCGUAUAGAAAAGCAUAUUGGCUUCAACAGAGAAGAUUUCGAAUCGUCUCCUUUGCUUGGCGAGAGUUUGACCACCGCGAUCAUUAGUUCCACAAAGAUUGGCUGUUUAAUCUCCGGCUGUUUGGGCAGAGUAAUAAUUUGGCAGAACGAUGGUUCCAUCGGAUGGAUCAGUACACCCAUCGAUGAGAACAUGACGAUCACGCAUUUGGCUUUGUUGGAACCCACGGACGACCCUAGACCUUUUUAUUACUUAUGGGUAGUGUUUCAGGACGACAUGUCAAAAGCACCGCCGAUAUUGCGAAUGUACGCCAUGCAAUUUGAAAGGAAAUACUGUGACAGAGAGAUAAACUUGUACUUCAGUCUAGAAGAUGAUCCCAGCUUGAAGUUUGAAUCGGAGCUGAACGAAGGAGACAAGGUCGUCGGUUUGUGUAGCGUUGAGAGAGAGUCCAAUCCGGAGCAGACUGAAUCGGUCACUAGAAGAGGCGAGGAUAAUCUACUGCUCAUCGCCACUAACGACAUAGUAUAUCUGUUCGAUCUGAAUCAAUGGUACAAAGAGCAAAUGCCGCACACCAUCAGCGAGUGUCAGAAUCCAAACAGCAUAUUGGCAACGUAUCGUACACGAACGGACGCGAAAGGUGAGGGAGACGGUCAUGUUAUAGGUUUCACAUAUAUCCCGCAAAGUUUACAAGAGUUCUCCAGCAAUGGCCCGAGCUCGCCCGAGGAACUCUUCUACCCCAACUCCUUAUCACUCGAAUGGGUGGAGUUGAACUCGACGAAACUGACGUUCUGGAUGACACGUGGCAUUCAGACCGACUUGCUACGUGAGAUAUCUACGGCGGGUCCAGUCGUCUUGAUACAACCGUUUGAAACGUUUCACAGAUGUCUUUCGGUCGGCCUGGUGCCGUUCAAUUCGGAAUUCUCGUUUGCUAGCGAUCAGAAUGCGCAACGAGAGAUGUUGCUGUCGCUCUGUUUGGAACAGCGGUGGUCCACUUUUCUGAUAAAAUGCGCCAUGGAGUGGUCGGACGGUAGUGCUUCUUACUUAUAUCCCACUUUCCUCAAGUGGGCCGUCCAGCGAGCUUCUACGAUAAAAAUUCUCGCGGAUCGGCUCUGCAUUCCUCUAUUUGAUCAGUCAGGCAUUAGCAUCGGCGAAACUGACGUGAAAACCUUGCGGUUUUGCUCGCAGCAAUUGGAAUGUUUGUCCAAUGUAGUGGGCAAAUUGCCGUCCGCGGCGGUAGACUUGAUGAAGCAACAAAGGACGUUGAGACGCGUAUCUACGUAUUUCCAAGUACUCCUUUGGUUCUACGACGUGGGACUGUUGCCCGAGACGCAUGAUUUGGAGGAGGAGAAGAAUGAGGAGAAAGCGGCGGUGGCAACAGAGGCAGAGGCAGAGGCGGAGGCGCAGGCCGAGGAAGAAGAAAAACAAGAAGAAGAAGAGGAGAAGGUUGCGCUGUCUAUCUCCCUAGCGCUAAGAGUGCCUUACCCCUACGAGAAGCUUUCGAUGCUUUAUAAAGAGAAACGAGCACAAUUUUUGAACAACAGUGACAGCGAUAGCAAAAACGAGCAAGACUUGUUUAUUGACGAGCUGAUAACGCGCGAGUGUUCCAUAUUGAAAGCACAGUGGGAAAGAGAAGGUGGCAUCGUCACGCGUGGCUGCUAUCCACCGCCAUCGUUGCAAUCUUUACUACGAUCUUAUUUAACCGAUUGUCAUCAGACGGAAGCAAAGGAGAUCAGUUGCAGACAUCAGAUCACAAUUUAUCUCCUGAUGGACCUGGCUAUGCUGCUGCAGCGGCUGUAUCCCGCGGUGAAACAACUGAUCAAAUAUCCGUCCGCGUUCAUGAUGAGCCCCAGCCUCAUCAAGCUCACUCAGGCAUUCUGGUUGCUCGAUCACGAAAAUUAUCAGGAAUUCCUCGACACAAUGACUGGCCAGUUAGUCUGCGACUCCGAUAUCAAGGAUUGGCACCACCGGCUAAUAUUGCGCACCUUGGUGCGUAAUAAUCAACACAAACUGGCGCUAGUAUAUCUUCGCGUGAGGAAACCUCCCCUGUCCUCCAUCGAAGAGCAAGGUAUGGCCAUGAGUCUCUCGGUGGAGCACGGUCUGCUACAGUCCGCUUUCCACUGUCGGCCACCCUGCCACUACGAACAACUGCUAACUAGCUUCUUCCGAGCGUGCAGGAGAUACAAUAAGCUCGAUGAAAUUCUGCAUUUAGUGCUGGACUCGGAGGAAGAGGAGGUGUUGGUCAAGUUUCUCGAAGAGAACAAGAUGGAAGAUUUGCGUUUGUUGUACUAUUUACAACGAUGCCGUUACACAGAAGUAAUUGACGGAAGUUAUCCGAUUCGGCAGUACCAGUCGAACCUGGUCAAAGACGUGCAGUCGACUACGAGCAGUAUUCUCGGCGCGUACGAAAUGACCUUGCCCGAUGUCGCGAAACAAUUCUCCAUGCGUGCGGCCAUGACAAAUUCGGACGCGGAUCUGAAGGCGCGCUAUUCCAGACCGAUGUCACAUCGCAAGAGCCACGACAGGUCGCGGAGUAUAUAUGAAACGGCCAUUACGAAGGCCAGAGAGACCUAUGUACGAGGAGAGAAGUGUCAGAUCCCGUUUGUCAGUGCGCCCUGCACGUCCUUAAGACUCAACAAUUACGGCGUAAACAUGAACUGUGUGUUGUUCCCGACGCUGUUGCGUAAAAGUCGCGGCAAACGCACGGUUGAUCAGAUUUACAAGGAGGACGAAGAGGACGACAUGUCGGAAGGCAUAAAACGCCGGAAACUAUCGGACGGGAAAGUCUCACCGAGUAAACGAGUUUCGAGAGAAUCGGGAGUUUUAGGAUUUCAGGAGACUUUCGAGACGCCUCUGGUAAAGCGCAAGCCUAAUAUUUCCACGAGCAAGGAUCGCGUUCCAGAGACACCGCAAUCGAUUUUGAAGAUUAGACAACUCGUAAGAAGCUCGACGUCUCCUACCGCGACGUUCCAAGCAAAGGAGGCCACCGAUAGAUUGUCCGAGAGGGAGAGGAAAGUCAAUAGACAGAUACGAUUUAACAUCAAUCAGUCCAAGAAAGCUUUAGUGUAUGAGGAAGAGGAAGAGAAGGAGAAGGAGGCAAGAGGACAAGGGGAGGAAGAGGAACAGGACGAAAGUGAGACUGAUGUUUCCCUCGAAGCAAGUUGGAAAGAAGCGAGUAACGAUGCGCUCUUCAGUCCAAACGCGAAUAAGUCAGCGUAUUGCGAAAGCGCAGUUUUGAGUGACGGUAGCAGUACCUCCGGUAAGAUUUCGUGCUACGCCCGUCCGCGACCCAGCCUCAGAACAAGUGCCUUAAACUCGUCCGUACAAGUGCCACAGGAAUUUUGCGCCAAGAAAGCGAGUGGCUCGUUCGCAAACUUGUCCGCAGCGAUCUCGUCGACCGAAGAGAUGACGAAGCAGCCGUUUGUCUCAGGUACACCGAGGAGAGGUAGCUCGUUAUUGUCGGCCUCCGUCUACUCGACCACUGUACUGUCCUCCGAUAGCAGCGUCGACAUUAGCUGCCCAAGGAGAUCGAGACGCAUCAGUCCGUCGCAAUGGAGAUCGCCUACGGAAAGAGAUGGCAGAGAUAAAUUUGCCAUUUCGUCUACUCCACUAACGAAGAUUAUAAUUUCUCAAACAUCCAUUAGUGACAAGCGAGCGAUGGAAGUGGACGACGUGAAUAACGCGUACGAGGUAGAGGAAGAUUUUAACGUUCUAAGCGAAUCCAACAGACCCGAGUACGUCGAACGAUCUGGUUGCGGUGGGAGCGAUCUCGCUCCAGGAGUGGAACAAAGAGAUGCUUUAGACAAGGUCGUAGAGAGCAAGAUGCGACAGAGCCGAUUCAAUAAUGGAAGAAUCGCGAGGGAAGAUAGUCCGAGUUUACGAGAAAAAAAUUACGAGAUGCCCGCACUCGACGAAUUUGAGAAGGUCGCGGAAUCGAGUCCGAUCUUUUCGGAUGAGUCUGACGAGGAGGAGCUACUUGGAUUUCCAAACGAUGAGGAGCGAGACAAUGACGAGCACGAGGAGACGUUCGAGAGUCUAGCCACGAUUCUGGAAGACGCGCAGAUGCAUUUGGACAGCCAAGUUUCUGCUUCUUGUUCGUUUCACGAGACUUGGAAUCCAGAAUACGAGGCCGAAGCAACGUGCAGCGUGACGAAACCUAACGGCUUGCAGGAGUUGCAAGAAUCGGUGCGGGUGAUGGGUGAUGUUGAUUUGACCGACGACGAUUCUGCGAAUAGCAGAGCUGUGACCCCGGUAGUACUCGAUGAUGAAGCGGAUAAUAGCAGCAAAGGGGAGACGCAUUCGAUGCCGAUUGUUCAUUCGGAGCGUACAUUGUACGACAUGUCGAAUAUUACAGACGACGAGUCCGAUUCUAGUAGUUCUGGAGAAACUCAAGAACCAAAAGCGGAAAACGGUAGAUAUUCCAAUUCACAAAAACCCCAUGUGAUGCGGAAUAAAGUCCAAGUGGAGAAGAACUGUGAAUCCGAUGAGAAGAACCGGAAGGCAGAUAGGAGAGAAAGCGUUCCGAAGAGAGACCUCGCCGAGACUUUACCGGGGCCCGACGUCGCGGUCCAUGACGAGUCCAACAAAAUUUUUUCGAGCUAUGUAAAACUAUGUAAAGUAGACAGCGGUAGGAUCGAGGUAUCGGCCGAGGGGACGGUCGAGGAGAGAAAGCUGUCGGGUCGAGAAACUCAAAGUUUCUCAAAGAAAAGUGAGAGGAAUGAAAUUCAAGAGACGGCAGACAUUUCCGAAUCCGUGCGUAUGACUAGAUCCCGUAGAGCAGGUUCGACAGCAAAAGAUACGUUGGAUACCUCAUCGGCGCGGCAAGUACAGUCGGAGAAAGUCACCCGCUCACGUCUACGAAGAGCGAGUUCAAUGACUAAGGACUCUCCAUCGCGAAAUACCUUGGAGAUAUCUUCGCUUCGAUUACAAAGCGCGGAUGCUGGGAAACUUGCGCGAUCGCGAGAACCGAUUCAUGAGACGACUCUGGCCACGCUAAGAUUGCCAACGGAUCGUUCGUUGCAGGAAGUGGACUUGGAAAAAUUGUCGCGUUCGAGGAGAGCGAGUUCGGCGGCGAAAGAGACGAGGGUAAGCUCUCCAUUGGGAAAAUUGCGUGGCCGAAGAGCGAGCUCUCUCGCGAAGGACGUGCUAAUGAGCUCGGUGACGAUGGACGAGAGUGUUGAGCCGCGAGGUUCAGAAAACGUUGACGCGCCGGACGCGCGACCGUCCGCGUCAGCGAGAAGAGGUCGCAGAUGUACGUCCGUGACGAUGGAAAUGCCGCGGCCAGCCGAGACGAAAAACAGCGACUCCGAGAGCGUCAAGGACGAGCAGCUACCUGUGAGGAGAAGCACGAGAUUCGCUUCUUUCACGAAGAAAGAAUUACCGGCGGACGCCCCAGUAGGAGCGGCUGAUUUGACUGAGAGGACGCUCACGAGCGACGACGAAGAAGGCGAGAACGCGAACAAGAGGUCUUUGCGGCGUGUGAGAAAGUUUUCGGUGUCGUCCGAUACCGAUGCCGCAACGACCAACAGGUCAUUGAGGUCGUCCACGAGAGAUUGGGAUGAGGAUCAGCGUUCGAAGGAGCCGAGCGCUGUUAAAGUUAUCGCUAACCGUAAACGCGGCAGUUCGGUACCUAAGGAGAUGACGGCGCAGCCCGUAGGCUCGCGGCGACGUAGGUCCGGUAGUGUCAUGAAAGAAACCAUCCUGGAGGUCGCCGAGCCUCUGGGGGAGAGGGAGGAGUCGGAGAGACGACCGGGACCCGACGAGACCGGGACGUCCGCCGCUAGGAAUGUCGAGAAGAUUGUCGGUAGAUUAACGACAACCACGCGCGCUCGAAGCGCGUCGGUACUGUCCGUACCGGAGGAAUUGGAGGAGAUCUUGAGUCCGCCGUUGAGGGAGACGAGAUCCACCAGGAAGAAGGCUGUGCAAAGUAACGCCAGAGAAAGAAGAGCGUCCAGCGCCGAUGUGACACGCACGGAGAUGAAGAGGAGGGUCAGAAAUGUUGAUGCGACAAGUCGCGCGGUGGUGUCGCCGAUAGCGGAAGAGUUUGCGGAAAUGAGUGAGGAUAUGGCAAAUCUCGAAAGAGACGAGAAGGAUGGUGUCGCGGAUAGCGAAGCCGCCCAGAGUGCUCCUACGCCCAAGAAAAGGGCGGCGUCAGUCACGACGAAGGAGACAAAGGAGACGAAGAAGGAAGGAACGGUGAAGCCGAGACGAGGACGAGGUAGACCGCGCAAGACCAGCGUGAAUCAAGAAUCCAGUAAUCUAUUUUCCUUUUCGCUACCGGAGAAGACGGACGACGUGCCAUUGGAUGAGAAAGACAUUGGGGAAGUCCCGAAUUAUGUGUUCUCACCGCCCCAAACCAGAUCUAAAAACAUUUCUUCAAACCAACAUCGUAGAAAAAUAAGCUCCUUCAUACCGAGUUCUCAUCAAGGAAAACAACGGCUCACUAUCCAGAAACCUCAUGGCAUCGUCGAAUCCGGCCGUUACGGACGUUUAGUCAUAAAUACCUUUGGAUCACGAUUUCGGAAAAGAUUCGUUGUAUCUAAAAGAUCCAAAAGCAGAACAGAUUAAAACUGGAAACUUCCCGGGAGUUCUGGCGUAUCUAUCGCCCACAUUUUGGAUUUGUCAACCUUUCAAUACGCCUGUAAAUUGAUUUCACAUAUUUCUUUUUGUAGCCGCAACAUUUUUCUAUUACGCGUGCUUCUAUCAAUUAAAACGGUACGGCUCAUCACCCUUUGCAAAGCAUUAGUUUUUGACACUUAUACUAGGCGCGAAUUCAAAGAAAUAUUAGGAAACGUCACAUACGUAAAAGUUAUUGACCAGUUACAGCGUCUAUAUUCUAUUCUGGUAAAAAUAUAGUACAAAGUAUUGAGUUUUUUUCUUUUUCUAAUUAGAAUAUAUUUUAAGACUUUGUCACGUGGUGGGAAAUAAUCGACAGAGAUAUCUGGAAUAUAAGCUAAUAUGAUGUUGAGAUUAUCUAGAAGAGGUACUUUCUUUUCUUUUUUUUUUCUUUUUUUUCGAUAACACGUAGGAGAUUCUCUUGAAUAAUCUGUAAAGUUUUAAAGAUUGUUUUUAUCAAAGAUUUGUAAACCUGCAUAAUUGAAUCAAAUUACAUUAUAUAUGUUUUUGUUGCAUAGAAAAGAUUAUUGGGUUUCACCCAAUCUCAGAUGUAUCGUGUUAUUUCUACAUCGAUGCACAAGUUGACAAGUGUACAGAGAUAUGGCUACGAAUGUCACGUAAAAAAUGUAUUCUAAUGAUAAACUAUCAUUGAAAAAUGUGCUAUAUCAAAUACUUUUGGCACAUAUACACCCGCGUGCGCGCGCACUCUCUGACCAUUACAAUAGUAUUCAUUCCGUUUACACGUACAUUUUUUUAAGAUAUCUACUGUCAGUAGUCACUUUUUUUACGUUAAGAUUUCUUCUGGAUUUUCAUUUUGUAGCACAAGAAACUUUGCUACAAACACUUUACAUAUAAUAUAGCACAUCCCUCUACAAUAUUUUCGACAAGAAGGCAAUGUAUCAUAUCUUUGUAAAUAAUUUAUUAACAUACUCAUGUAUAGUUGUAUUGAUACAAUAAAUGUAAAAGGUAAUA